CUCAGUUCUUCGGCAACGACGAGUGGGAAGGGAACCAAAGGCAACUUCCCAUCAUGAACACUCUCCUUCUUGUGACGCUGGCGGCCGUAACAGCGCCAUCUCUUGGUCAUGAGAUCUUAUGGGGUUCGUGUCCCUCCGUCAAGCCAGUUGCAGACUUCGACAUGGAGCGGUUCUCAGGCCUCUGGUACGUCAUCGAGAAAUUUGACAACGACGAGAGAUGCGUCACGUGGAACAUCAGCAAGGGGUCGGACUCGAACACGUGGGUCCUCCUCGAGCGAAAGGCCACGGGGUUCCUCUCCACGGUCGGCCUCGACCAGGAUGACCUCCACACAGCCACCAUCACCCUCGAUCCAGGUCGUCCAGGGGUCAUGAGCAUCAGCUGGCGUCUCAACAUCGUGGGCAGCUACAGGAUGACCGUCCACUCCACGGACUACGACCACUUCGCGGGUGCCUUCGAGUGCCAGCAGGUGGCCUUCUUCCAACGUCAGCAGGCGACCGUCCUCUCCCGGAAACCCAACCUGCAGAUUGACCUCCGGCAGAUGGCCCGUCUGGACCGCAAGGACAUCCGGGUGGAGUACUACAGGCCGGUCUCCCACGGGGGAUGCGGUUACGAGGACACCGCCAUCUCAGCAGGGGCGGGAAGCGGCGACCCUGGGCCUCUGGGCGGUGGUCCUUCGCCUGCUAACUUCGGCGAUUUCAUACAGUAGUUUCAUACAGAUUUCAGUAGUUUCAUACAGAUUUCAUCAGUUGGGCGUCUUGCUCCGAAAGGUUAUAGCUAUAUUGGCGUUUUUUUUUUUUAAUUAC